AGAAAUUAUAAUUAAUUAGUGGUAAUCUUGACGAGAAUUUAAUUAAUAUGAAAUAAAUUGUUCAUCUUUGUGAAAUCAGCUCGAUUGUUUUAACUGUUUCCUUCCUGUUCCCUUUUAAAUCAAAUAAGAUUGUUGGUUUUUUCUCAUGUAACAUUUUCAACUUGAUUUGUUUACUUCCAAUUAUUCAAUUGUUUUUUUUGUUUUUUGUUUCUCUGUUUAAUUUUAUUCUAUUGAAACAAUACACAAUCUAUCAAUGACAUUAAUUAAAUAGAAAUUGAUUUCGUAAAUGCUGUCCAAAGGUUAUAAGUUUAAAGAUAUUCAACAAUUGACAACCAAUGUGAUAAUUGUAAUGAUUAUAGAAAACAAAUGAUUGGUUAGUCAAGUUUUUCCCUUUGACGUUGAUUGUUUUUUCUUGAACACUUUUACAUUGAUUGUUUUCCCCUGGUGUUUUUUAUCUUCGCAAUUUUGAUUUCUUAAUUUGUGCAACAUUUUUAAUAAUUGUGUGUCUUGGCAGGAUGGGAUCACUCAUAUCAAUCCUGAUCAUGUCACGAACUGUUCAGUUCACAGGUUUAACCGCUUUGGCUUAUGCCUUUAUUGUGUUUACUCCGUUCACCAAAGUGGAAGAAUCGUUCAGUCUUCAAGCAAUUCAUGAUUUCGUUUAUCUAGGAAUUCCAAGGGCAAUCGAUAUAUCCAAUAAAUUAGCUAACGGAACACUUGAUUGGUACAUUGACUCGAAAUUCCCGUUGAAAUUUACUUUCUCCGAAGAGCCAACCAAUAUUGUUCAUUCAUAUAAUUACUCUGACUGGCGAUGGGACCAUCAAGAUUUUCCAGGUCCUCUUCCGAGAUCAUUUAUCGGUCCAUUCCUUUUGAGUCUUGUUGUUUUCCCUUGGUCUCUUUAUCCUCGAAUACCUGAUAAAUUGUUCAUUCAACUGGUGGUUCGAACUAAUCUGGCAACAUUUGUUCUAGCGGGUUUCUAUUCGUUCGUUUGUGCUGUCACACGAAAAUUUGGUCGUCAUACUACAAGUGCACUUUGUAUUUUGACAUUGACACAAUUUCAUUUUCUAUUCUAUGCUUCGAGGCCACUUCCAAAUAUCUUCGCCUUCAUUUUGGUUCUAAUUGCUUCUGCUAAAUGGCUAUCACACAGAUACACUUCAUUUAUUAUCGUUGUCGCUGGAACUGUGGUCAUUUUCCGUGCAGAGACAGCUCUUCUUUUCGGCCCUAUGAUUGCUCAUUCCAUAUUUUUCCAGAAAAAUUUAACCUUCAAGAAAUUAUUCCAAGUCGGAAUACCUGCUGGUCUGAUCUUUCUCUCGAUCACAGUUCUAUUUGACUCAUUUAUGUGGGGAAAAUGGGUAUGGCCUGAGGGUUAUGGUUUGAUUUACAAUGUUUAUCUCAACAAAUCAGCUGAUUGGGGAGUUCAACCCUUCUUUUGGUAUUUUUAUUCAGCUUUACCACGGACACUUUUAUCUUCCCUUCUCUUUGUACCCUUUGCAUCUCGAAGGUGCAUCAAAUCAUGUUUUACAGUUUCCAUCGUUUUCAUCUUUCUCUACUCAUUCCUUGGACAUAAAGAGGUUCGAUUCAUCUUCUAUUGUCUUCCUUUGCUCAACACUUGCGCUGCCGAUACAAUUGCCAUCACAACUUACAGAUUUUUCACCCUUCAACCUCACCCUGAGAGUUGGUUACUUCAUAUUAUCUGUCGUUGGUUAGGAUUUAAGGUAACAUCCGAUGAAGACUUUGCAGCUCAGGACAAAAUGAUGGAAGAACGAGAAAAACGUAUUGACGCUGAAGCAGAACUAUUCAGACAAAGGUACAUUCGACAUGUUUCCCGACCUCCGGCCCAAUUACCCGAUCGUUACGAUGCAGUUUCACCCGCUCAAAUGGCCUCAUCUUAUAUGUCUUAUUCAACUUCAAUUCCAUCAUCAUCUUCAUCCUCAACAUCAACUUCAGUGACAACCACAACAACCACAGCCACAACUACAACACCAACUCCCUCAACAUCAACAUCUUCAAUUACCUUAAGAAAACGAGGAGUCUCAAGUAAAACCUACGAUUCCAGUGGUGUGGAAAAUGUGCUCGAUGAACAAUACUCCAAAAUAACGCAAGCCACCGCUCGAGAAAGAGCACUUCCAACUCAACCACCGCCACCAGCACCAACUCCACGACGACCAACGGUCGAAGAUCUUCCUUCACCAGAUUUCGCCGCAGUUACAACAGUUUUCCUCGCACUAAUGGCCUUUCACGUUUGGGUUAAUAUCGGAUGUUUAAUUUAUGCAUCAGUUGCUUCUUAUCACAAUUAUCCCGGAGGUGAUGCCGUUCACUGGACCAAUGAUCGUAUCCGACACAUUGAUCUGAAAACUUAUAAACCAAAUGACAUCGCUGUUCAUGUUUGCAAUUUAGCCGCUCAAACGGGCUUCACUCGUUUCCUACAAGUGAACGAUGUCACUUAUGAUAAAUCACCGGACUUUAAUUCUUUGGCCAAUAAGACUUUCCGAUUAUCCAAAUAUAGAAAUCAAACUAUCGAUUCUAAUAAUCGUAAACCACCAAAAGCUCGUGAUUUUAAAAUACUUUAUUUUAUUUUAGAAAAUGUUGAUGUUAAUUAUCUUACUCAUCAUUGUACGAGUCGAACGCCAUCUAAAAAAUCACCAACCAAAAAGUCAUCGGCAACGUCACAACAAUCAACUCAAUCCUCGCCAAUUUCAUUAUCUGAUUCAAUUGAUUCUGUUUCUUGUAAAAUCAGUUCAGAGCUUCCAGAAUGUACUCUCGUCAAAGCAAUCAACGGAUUCGAUGGUCUUGAUCUAAGUCGAGCACCGAAAAGCAUAUUCAUCCUUACGGUGCCUAAAUUGUGGAUAUUUAAAUGCAAACUUCGUUAAUCAUAAUAAUCAUAAUCAAUUUAAAAUAUAUACAAAUCACCAAAAAAAAGUGCAAUUUAAAAAUAUUAAGAUUAAUUUGAUU